UGUGGUCUGAAAGCACCCUGAGGCCAGAGGCCCUAGUUCUUAGGGUGCCCUGAAUUUAGAUUAUGGGGCUGGAAGAUGAACCCGGGCCCAUCUGGGCUGCCUCCACUGCCUCUGGGUGGGUUCCACAGUGGUAGCUGAUGCCUUCAUUGCCUUAGUUUGUGGAAUGGAUAGCUGGGGCCAGGGACUGGGUCUGAGCAGCAGAGCAUUUUUCUAGUGCUUCUGCCCCUUCUAGAGGCAUAGGACAGGGUCACUGCCAUGGACAGCCCCAUGCUUCAGCUCCCUUUCCCGUGCUGGAAAAGAUUGGUCACUCAGACUAGUCUGGUCUAGGGACCGGCCCUAGUCACUGCUGGCUGUUCCAAGCAGGCAAAGGACUCUGGUGGCCCCCAGUUCAGUCUUCACACCCCAGCCAGGUUCUUGCUCUCUCCUCGCUCUCGAGUCUGACUCUGGUGCUACUUCCAGCCUACCUCGGGAGAGGCAAAGCCUAGCCUAGAGUCCUAAGGCAUGCUCCUUGGGGUCUUGCAACUGGCGGGAUGCGAAGCUGUCAUUGCUUCUACAAUCAGUGCAUGUUCCUCGCUGACGUCAGUCGGAGCUGUCCCGGAGCUAUAUAAGGCUGGCGGCGGUCCCGGGACAGACCCCGUGUUCCCCAAGGCGCCCUCAGCACGCCCCGAGGGACAGAGACUAGAGCUCCAUCCUGCACCUUGCAGGCGCUCUCCGGCACCCUGGCCGGUGGCACCAUGAAGCAGGCGCUGCUGAUGGCGCUGCUGCUCCUGGCGGCGCUGCGCCCGGGGAGCAGCCAGUGGAGCCCGGGGGCGGCGGCGGCCCGGGUGCAGGACCCGAGUCUGCGCUGGAGUCCCGGGGUGAGGAACCAGGGAGGCGGCGCCCGCGCGCUCCUCUUGCUGCUGGCAGAGCGCUUCCCGCACCGCGCGGGGCUCGACCGAUGGGGAGCCCGGACUGCUGGCGAGCGGCCGCGACGGGACGACCCCCCGCUGUCCAUAGACCUCACCUUCCACCUGCUGCGGACCCUGUUGGAGCUGGCGCGGACGCAGAGCCAACGGGAGCGCGCCGAGCAGAACCGUAUCAUAUUCGACUCAGUGGGCAAGUGAUCCGCGGGGUCUGCGGCACGAAAACCUCGACCCGCAUCCCCUACCCCUGGGGCGGGACGUGCGCGAGUGGAACUGACCCAGUCCCGGGGCUAGAGAGUCCCAGGGAUACCCUGACCGGUCUCUGCGUUACUAGUUUUUAAUAAAAGUGCUGAAGAGCC